GUAAAUCAAUGAACCGGGAGGCAGAAGAACCGGUGUUUAAGUGUGUUCAGAAGUGAAACCGGGAAGUUCACCUGCUGCGUUGCAUACAGAGAAGAAAAUAACCCUGUACAGGAUCAGCGAUCCGGUUAAUAUUGUCUAUAUCGAUACAAUGGGGUGUAAACAAAGUUCCGCCAUAAAGGCUGAGAGUAAUCAACAAAGUGAUGAUCAAGACAAUACAUCGCAACAUUCGGAGAACGACCACGAAAACGUCGAAUACGCUGUAGAGGGAGAUGGAGAACCCAAGGAAAACCCGGAGCAGCCCCCAGAAGAAGAAACUCAUAGUGAAACUGAAGGUGACAAAGACGAAGGCUCCGGCAAAGAACAUUCAGAAGGAGAAACUAAAGACGGCGACGGAUAAACCUUACCCAGCGUCUACCUGCACCGACAUCUUGACUGUUCUUGACUGCCGAUGUGGCUCAUUCUGUGCCUUUGAUUGACGUCGGAUAAACUUUCAUCCGCCUCUCCGACCCUCCUAUUUUCCACUUAAACACAAUCACUGAUUAUCACACACUCGCUUCAUUAUUGUCGGAUCCCAGUGCAUCCCGUGAUCAAUGUCAACAAUUGUCGCAGUACGGAAGUUCGCGCAUCCCUCGAUCUGCACCAACAGUCAUCUGAUUAGACCAAGAAAUCGAAUUAUUCUUGCAAGCAGUUAUGGAAGCAGCCACAGAUUAUUCGCAUUCCUCUCAUAUCUCUCGUCAUUAAGGAGUAGAACAAGCGUAUUUUUGUCCUCUUAGUUUAUUAUUUGUCCGUAUUUCAAAGGUAGCCUUAUCUUUUCGCGUGAAUUGCAGACGCUUGUUUCAG